AUGGGCAAGAUUACCUUCUACGAGGACAGGAACUUCCAGGGCCGCUCUUAUGAGUGCAUGAGCGACUGCCCCGACAUUUCCUCCUACAUGUCCCGCUGCCAGUCCUGCAGAGUGGAGAGUGGCUGCUUCAUGGCGUACGAGCGUGCCAGCUUCAUGGGCCAGCAGUUCUUCAUGAGGAGGGGAGAGUACCCUGACAUGCAGCGCAUGAUAAGCAUGGGCAUGAUGUUUGACAACAUCCGGUCCUGUAGAAUUAUCCCCCAGCACAGAGGAUCCUUCAGGAUGAGGAUCUACGAGAGGGAGAACUUCGGAGGUCAGAUGAUGGAGCUGAUGGACGACUGUGACUCCAUCCAGGAGCGUUACCGUAUGUCAGACUGCCAGUCCUGCAACGUGAUGGACGGCCACUGGCUGAUGUACGAGCAGCCCCACUUCAGAGGCAGGCAGAUGUACAUGAGGCCUGGAGAGUACAGGAGCUUCAGAGAGAUGGGCAUGAGUGGCAUGAGGUUCAUGAGCAUGAGGCGUAUCACUGAUAUGUGCAAUUAA